AAACAUUUAGGGAACUAUUGAGCGCUACAUUAUUUGGCGAACAUCUGAUGCAAUGUUAGAAAAGUGUAUACAAAUGGUUGAAAUGAUUGAAUCAAUUGAUUAAUUGUUUACUAAAUUAAUAACAAGUUUGCGCUUCACUGAAGACCAACAGUGGAUGAGCUUAUGAUGAACUGAAGUGUCCACAAGUGUCCAAACCAUGAACUCUCGUCACAUGUCAUUAGAGAUGCCGGGAAGUGUUGGCCCGAAGAAUACGUCGAUAACACCCGUCCAGCAGAUGAUGUCUUCGUGUACGGGAGCGCUCAUCACAUCCAUCUUCGAUUGUGUCCACAAUUUAGUGACCCCUUUAGAUGUGGUGAAGAUUAGACUCCAAUCGCAACAAAAAGAGUUUAUGAAAAACAAAUGCUAUUUGUAUUGCAAUGGACUGAUGGAACACCUCUGCUAUUGUCCCGCCAAUGGUGUCAACACUAACAUCACUUCCAACACAUCCAACGCCUUCUCCACAGCCUCUCAAUCGGCGCCCGUAUUUCAGACACAGGUGUUUGAGAGGAGCCGACACUUCAACGGAACUGUGGACGCGUUCGUGAAAAUCACGCGAAACGAAGGCCUGUCAGCCCUUUGGAGUGGACUUCCGCCCACUUUAGUUAUGGCAAUUCCGGCGACUGUUAUAUAUUUUACAGUUUAUGAUCAGUUAAGAGAACACAUAAACCAUAGGUUAAAAUUAGUAGAGCAGCCGCUGUGGGUGCCGGUCGUGUCCGGUGGUUUGGCCCGAGUUUUCGCCGCCACUACUAUCAGCCCUCUGGAGAUGAUUAGGACUAAAAUGCAGUCCAAACGACUCAGUUAUCUAGAGUUGGGUCGAGCCGUCAAAAGUCUAUUAGAAUCUCAAGGAUUCUUCUCGUUGUGGAGAGGAUUGAGUGCCACUAUUCUCAGAGACGUUCCCUUUUCCUGUAUAUAUUGGGCUAACUAUGAGUUCAUGAAAAAACAAUUUAACCAAAAGGAGCCCUCAUUUGCGUUCAGUUUCGUGAGCGGCGCCACAGCGGGAACAGUGGCCGCUGUCCUGACGCUACCCUUCGAUGUCGUCAAAACUCAUCGACAGAUAGAAUUGGGAGAAAUGCAAAUCAUUGCUCAAAAUAACACAUCAAAUGCUAGUAAAACGAGAGAUAUUUUGCGAAGGAUUUACCGACAAAAUGGAUUUCGGGGUCUAUUUUCGGGAAUAGUCCCCCGUGUGAUCAAAGUGGCGCCGGCCUGUGCUAUAAUGAUCAGCUCUUAUGAAUUCGGCAAAUCAUUCUUUAAACAAUAUAAUGCGGCAAAACUUGAAAAAUAGGCAUUUAAUUGUGUUUGUGAUCACGUCGUGAGUAAAUUGACAACACUUUUGGCUAAAUUUCUAGUCAUUAAAACAUUUAACAAUUAAUGAUUUGUAUAAAAAAUUACAUUAUUUUGAGAAAACGAUAAAAUUCUAAUUUUAGACAAUUUUGUAUUUAAAAUAAAGAAAAUCAAUAUUUUACAUAAAA